CUAUGACGUCACGGCUCGCGCGUCCCUUCCCUCAUUUAGUUAGCGUCGAGUCUCCUGAGAUUAGCUCCUGGCACUACAAUUCAUCAUCAGCCAGGCUUCUCCCUCUGAAAUCACUUCAGCAGUGAAGCUCCUCCCACUGUGUUUCACCAAUAAACGCUGGAAUAUUCCCAUCAGUUUACAAGUGAAGACAAGCAUUAAAGCAUCAUGAAGAGAUGAAAUCUGCAAAGACAGCAUUUGUUAAAGAGGAAAAAGAGAAGAUGGGCAAUCCAGAACCCUGCAGAAUGAAACACAAUGAAAAUACUGAGGAACAAACAGACCUGUUGGAAGAGCUGUUCGCAUGUAAAGAUUGUGGCAAACCAUUUCUUAGGGCAUCUGCCCUGAAGACACACAUGACUGUUCAUACGAAAGAGAAGCCACAUUCAUGUUCUGUGUGCGGAAAGAGUUUUUCAAGUCUGCAAGGUUUAUAUGCGCAUAAGAAAGUUCAUACUGGUGAUAGAGAUCAUAUGUGCUUUGAGUGUGGGAAGGACUUUUUUUCAGAUGGGAAAUUUAAAACGGCACCAGAAAAUUCACACUGAAGAAAAACCAGAGGAUGACAUGAGAGGAUCCAUAAAACAUGAGAGGAUCCACAAUGGAGAGAAACUGCACACGUGUGAUCAGUGUGGGAAGAGUUUUACUGUUAAUAGUCAUCUGAAGAGACACAUGGGGAUCCACACUGGAAAAAAACCUUACAAGCAUUCACGCUGUGACAAGAGAUUCAGUCGGUCAACACAUUUGAAAACACAUGAGAGGAUCCACAAUAGAGAAAAAAGUUUGAGUUGGUCAAAGACUGAAAAGACAUUUUUAAAUAAAAGAAGUGACAACAAAUAUUUGCACUCAUGCACUCAAUGUGGAAAGAGUUUCUCAGACAAACGCAAUCUUGAGGUUCACAUGAGAAUCCACACUGGAGAAAAACCUUACACAUGUGAUCAGUGCAGGAAGAGUUUCACUGUUAAAAAUCAACUAAUUCGACACAUGAGGAUCCACACUGGAGAAAAACCUUACGAGUGUUCACACUGUGACAAGAGAUUCAGUCAGACAACACAUCUGAAAGCACAUGAGAGGAUCCACACUGGAGAGAAACCAUACACAUGUGAUCAGUGUGGAAAGAGUUUCACAAACAAACGUAAUCUUGAGGUUCACAUGAGUGUUCAUACUGGGAAGAAGCUGCAUGUAUGCCAUCAAUGUGGGAAGACUUUUAUCCAUGUGAAAUAUUUAAAAGAGCACCAAAAAAUUCACACUGGAGAAAAACCUCACAAGUGUUCACACUGUGACAAGAGAUUCAAUCGGUCAACACAUCUGAAAACACAUGAGAAGAUCCACAGCAGGGAGGAGCCACACACAUCUGAUCAGUGCAGAACGAGUUUCGCUUUUAAAAGUCACCUGAAGAUCUACAUGCAGAUCCAUGCAGUGGAGAAACCAGAUCACUGAGAUCAGCACAGU